AGCAGGAGUCCCUUAAAAGUGUCGAUUGGUAAAAAGCAGAAGGGUUCAAAAUUUCUAGGGUCCUCUGGCACAAGAGAACUGUUUAAAAUGCUUUAAGCCAGUUUUUCUAAAAGGAGGGCACAUUGAAUUCUCAGUGCGUCGUAUUUAACUAGAAUUCUAAGACAUUUUAUGUCAAGGGACCAGAAUCAAUCUCAAGCACCGGAGAACCUGGCGGAAAUCACCCAUUAUGACAUAAAUCCCCUCAAAGAGAGACCCAUCCUUGACUCUGAUUGCUUCCCUCAAGUGACAGCAGCGAUAAUGUCUCCUUGCAGGAGGAUAAAGAACGCUUUUUCAGAUCCUCAUGCACAAGGACUUUCACUGCAAUAUUAACGAAAGGAGAGAUCAUCUUAAGUGGGAACAUGGGCACAUUUGAACUAGAGAAAAACAUAAUAACUUCAGACUAUCCCUGGCUGGAAACAUAUUCUAAUUAUCCUGUCCUCGGUGAGUAUUGGCUGCUGCAUGCAACAGAAAAGAAAUCAGUGUAGGCCUCAGUGGAGCAGAUUAGUUUGUGUACUUUGAUGUUUCUGAUGAUCUUCAGGCACCGAGCACUGUGAUAAAUAUUCUAGAUUUACUCUGUUAUGUAAACCUUCUCCAAGUAUGGAACAAGCAGGGGCUGUUUGACAACUGCUGGUGAAAGAAACCAAGAUUGUAUAAAAGCCAAUCAGCCUGAGAGAGUUCAUACAGUAAAGGAGCAGCAGACCCCGGAGGCAGUAGUUGUACGGGUUGUCUGAUCCCAGGAUCUUAACUCCCUUUGACCUUAUCUUUUCCUGUUUGGACUUUGUAUGACAACAGCAUUCCUCUGGGUUUAUCAGUAAUAAAUAAGUUAUCACUUAACAUGUUUUGAGUAUUAAGACAGUUUCAAACUUAUAUAUAUCAAAUUAUGCCCAGGUAUGCUUAGUUCACGUAACUUAGUAAAUGAAAUAAUACAUUAAAUUGGAAACUGAAAUAUACCCAUGACACGCCAGCUUUGUUUUAAAUGGAGUGGGCCCCCCUUUUACCACUGAUGCCUUCAAGUAGUGUUCUAAUUCUCAUUUUUAAUAUCAUACUCAUUGUUGGGGAUUUAGCUCAGUGGUAGAGCGCUUGCCUAGGAAGCGCAAGGCCCUGGGUUCGGUCCCCAGCUCCAAAAAAAAAAAAAAGAACCAAAAAAAAAAAAUCAUACUCAUUUCACAUUAAAGUUAAAAAACACCCAAAAUUUGAGGUCAAAGGCCUCUAAAUUGACAAAUGGAAUGGUUAAAACACAAACAUGUUAAAACAAUGCCAUAUUUAAGUUACAACAUGAAAUUACCAUGAGCACUUCUGCUGGGCAUUUUUAACAAGGAUGCUCAGGGUCUCGGGUGAUUCAAGGUUUAUGAAGAGCCAGUAAAGUUUGAAUCUAAAAUAUUGACAUGUGUUUUAGCAAGGUACGGGGAUCACAGAUGAUCCCAGCUUUCUUCUGUAGUGCUGCCUCUUUACAGCUUUGCAUUCAACCUUGAUUUCAUAAUUUAAUCCAUGGAUGAACCCUGCUGGCCCCUGGAAAGCAACAAAACCAGUUCAAGGUCACACAGCAAAAGGAACAUCUGGUAAAGUGCUCUGUGUGCAAAGAGAAAUCAAAGAGUUUAUUUGAUAAUAGCUUCUGAAGCUAAAAGAAACAAAAUAUAUUUAAUGCUUUUAUUAUUAUUUUUGUAUGGUAUGUGCGUGUAUGUUUGUGUGUUAGGCAUAUGGCCAAGGAACAACUACUGAAAGUUGCUUCUCUUUUUUCACUAUUAUGUGGGUUCUGACAAUGAAGUUCAGGUUUUCAGACUUGUCAGAUAGGGGCCUUUUAAAGCUGAGCCAUCUUGUUGAACCUCCAUAUUUUGAUAAGUUAAAUGACCCAAUAUACACUUAUAUUUACAUGCUUAAUCUAAUAAAAUGAAAAGUAAGGAUGAUCACCCAGUAAGCAUCAUGGAGGUGGAUGGUUCAGAAAGAGUUAUAAAGAGUGAGAUGUAGAGAAGGCUUCUGGGGCGGUUGUACUGUUUUUUGCCUGUGUCCUAGUUAUAGACUGUUUAUCUACUUGUCAUCUUCCUUAUUUCACUAUUGCAUCUGCUUUACUUAUUAAUAAAUGCCAUUUUAGAUGUGAAGCUAUGGUGAAUAGACUAUUACUGCUGUUAAUUUAGGAAUCAAAAGAAAGGGUCAGUGCCGAGACUUCCAGAAGGAGAGUUUGUGCCUGGUCUAAGUAUUAGGCGCCACUUAGAGAGAACACAGAUUCCCUUCACUGCUCAUAUGCAGUAGGAGUUGUUGCAAGCUUUCUGGAAAAGAUAUCUAUGCUGCAGAAGGCUAAGUCACAACUUCUGAGAUCUGUUUCCACUUUAGAAGUCAUGGUGUUUUAAAUUCUGAACAUUCUCAGCUUUAAGAAGUCCAAUGACCCCAGGUAAUUUGUAAUCACUGCAUUUUGGGAGCUGAAGACUUCUGCCCCAAGGUUUCUCUGCACAGCAUACAUAUUGUACUAUGUGUUGCACAUAGAAGUACAUUUGUACAUUUUAGAAGCCAGGUUAAAAAAAUCAAGACAUUUUAGUUUAACUCUAAACUGUCAUGUAAAACUAGUAAUGCAAAAAAUGAGGGGGUCAGGGAGAAUAAUGCUUGUUUGAAGUGUGGGUAGUCUGUUCUUUUAAAUGUAAUUUAAAUGUAAGCCCAGGUUUUAGAACUUUCAUGAGUUUCAAUAACCUAAAGAAGUGAACAUAGUUACAUUUUUUUCACAUACAAAGAGCUUAGUAUUCAAAUAGGUUAAAUUACUGCCCAAGAGUAAAGUUUGUGCCUGAGAUUUAAUGUCAUGAAAAUUGCUUGAAAUUUAUCAAGGGGUGGUGGCACAUUCCUGCAAUUCCAGUACUUGAGAAAGGCAGAGAGAUCAGGAAUUCAAGGCUACAUAGCAGGUUCAGGGUCAGUCUGAGCUAUAAAACUUUGUCUCAAAAAGCAUCACACCCAAGGAAAAAGAAAACAGAAAAGAAAACAAACUCAUCUAAGCACUAUGCUUGACUUCAGUGACAUUCUACUAAUAUAAAAAUCUUAUACUCAGGUAAUUAACACAUUCAUACUAGGAAAACUACAUUUUCAAUCCAUGUAAUUUGUGAAUAAAUCUUCCUUUUUUAUAAUUAAAAUAUUUUCAUGCUCUAACUAAGGUUUAUACAAUGACAAUUUAUCCCUAUCUUAUUUUAAUGAACACAAGUCUUUAUUUUUCAUGCCCCUAAGAACACUAUAAAUAUAAGAAACUCUAGUUCUAAUGUUCAUGGUCAAAGCUCACUGACAAAAAAGAUAUUGUAUGACUAAACAUUGCAUGUUUGUAAGGAUAUGCCACAUAAAUCAGAAAUAGUAAGAUUGAUGACUGUUUUAUUCCCUAUUUAUUCUCUUCUAAAGGUAACUAGGUGAUAGUUUUUCCAUUAUGAGGUGCAUAGUAACCAGAAACCCAUUCAUGAUUGAUGAAUUUGAGGACAGUCACCUCGAUGCUUAUCCUAUGAACUAUCUCUUGCUUAUCAUCUGCCUGGCUACUUCGGUAGAGUGGUUGGAUAACCGGAAGCUGUUGUGUCUGUGAUGGCAGAAAGAUUCUAGAACUAGUUCAAUGUUUAACCCUGAAUCUGAAAAGUAAAGCAGAAUGCAGGGUACAAUACUUAUUAAAAUGGGGUGAAAACAUAAAGGUUAAUACUUAAAAAGGUUAUCAUUUCUUUGCAAACAAUGACAUAUCACCAGCAAUCGCAAAAAAGUGUAGUGAACAUCAAAGCUGAUACAGAGAAAGCACAAAGCCUAUGAUGUUGAACAGAGUAGAACAUAGAAGAGGAGGUGGUGUGAUUAUUAUAAUUAUAAUGGUGGGGAUGCAGGCAUUUGUAAAUGAAUAUAAGAAAAAGUGAUUCUGUUAUCAAGUGGUGGAGCAUGUAAAAUAUUAAAAAGCUUGUUUGAAGCUCAGUUCCUUUGAUAAAGGAAAGAUUAAUCACAAUCAAGUGAUAAAUGCCAUAGUUCCAGGGGAAAAUUUCAAGGUCUUUUCCAUGCCAGCAGGGUAUGGUGAUUCAAGGCCAGCACAGGUAACAGUUUAAAGCCCUGACACACACAUACACGUGCAUGCACACACACACACACACACAUGUUUAUAUAUAUUAUAUAUGUAUAUAUAACAUAUAAAGUAUGUACUCUCACUUUUAUAAUUGUCAUGCUUUAACACAAAAUCAAAACACACAGAACCAUAAGUGAGAUGUUAUGGCAUACUCAUAGUUUUUAAUGAUUUCUAGUGCACAAAGACAGAGUUCAGAACAUUGUAGAAACACUUGGCUACAAGUAACUAUGAAGAAACUCUGGUCAUUGAAAAAUAGUUUAAAAUAUGGUGUAAUGAGAAGACACAUGCAGAUGCAUGAAUUUUAGACCCUCAUGACAAAAGUCAGAGUCUUUCCAUUCCACCCAAGGCUGAAAUUUUUUUGAUUAUUAUACUAUCAUUUCCUAGUCUUUCCAAAGGAGCAAAGGAAAUGAACAACACAAGCUCCGAGACAGACUUCAUCCUUCUGGGAUUUUCCAGUCAACCCCAACUGGAGCACAUUAUCUCUGCAGUUGUCUUUGUCUUCUAUCUUGUGACUCUGGUAGGAAACACAACCAUUAUUCUAGUGUCCUAUCUGGACUCUCAGCUCCAUACUCCCAUGUAUUUCUUCUUAUCUAAUUUGUCUUUUGUGGACCUCUGUUAUACUACUAGCAUUGUCCCACAGAUGUUGGUAAAUCUAUGGGGCCCAAAGAAGUCUAUUACAUAUGGAGGCUGUGCGCUCCAGUUCUUCUUUGCCCUGGAUCUGGGAGCGACAGAAUGUCUCCUCUUGGCUGUGAUGGCCUAUGACCGCUAUGCUGCUGUCUGUCAACCUCUUUACUACACAGUAAUAAUGCAUCCUGUUCUUUGCCAGAAGAUGGUUCUGUCAGCCUGGUUGGGUGGUCUUGGCAGUGCCUUAAUUCUUUGUCCCUUGACUUUGAAGUUGCCAAGGUGUGGGCACCGGGAAGUGGAUAAUUUUUUCUGCGAAAUGCCAGCAUUGAUCAAGAUGGCUUGUGUUUAUUCCAGAGUAAUUGAGAUUGUUGUGUUUACUCUUGGAGUUAUAUUUCUUCUAGUACCUCUAUCUUUAAUUGUCAUCUCCUAUGCAGUUAUUACUCAAGCUGUGAUGAAGAUCAAGUCGGCGACAAGGUGGAGAAAGAUCCUUAAUACAUGUGGUUCCCACCUCACGGUAGUAACUCUGUUUUAUGGAACACUCAUUUAUAUGUACAUGAAACCACAAAAUAUCGUAUCCCAUGAGGAAGGACAGUUUUUUACCCUUUUUUACACCAUUGUCAUCCCCAGUCUUAACCCUUUGAUUUAUACCUUAAGAAACAAAGAUGUAAAGAAUGCAGUGAAGAGAAUUCUAGGAAUGUGCAAGCAUUCUGCCAAAGUGUGAGGUCAAUGGAAAAAUAUUCAACCAGAAUGUGGAGAUAGAGCUUGGCCCUUUUCAUAGGUAGUGCAAUCAGUCAAUUCAGGACUAACCCUCUGGCAUCAUCUUGUACCUAGAAUUUUCUCAGGCACAGUGUUGGCUUUCACUAUGAUGCAGUGGAUGUGUUGAAACUGGAGCCAAAAUAAACACUUCUUUUUUUAAGCUGUGUAUGUUCAGGUGUUUUAUCAGAUCAAUGAGAAAAGCAAUUAUGAAGAGGGAGGAGGGAAGAGGGAACAAGGAGAAGUAGUAGGAGGUAGCUAUUCACAAAUAUUUAAGCUUUUGUCCCCUUUAUAUGGGUUUAAGUGGAUUGAGUGGCCACAUGAAAACAAUGAAUCAUGUUUUAUGUUCUUGUGUGUUAACUGAGAUAUCUAAAGAUAGCAGAAAUCCAUCCAUUUUUAUUGUCAUUGCUAUUCUACUAAUCUAUUAUCCCAUAUUUGUAGUACCAAUAAAACUGUAGGAUCUAUAUUUAAGGCCCUUCUUCUUAAAAAUUCUCCAAAAUUUAAAUUCUAAAAGUAAGUUCCUGUCAGCAUGCACAGUUCAUUGUUGACACUUGUUUUUGCAAGAGCGUGGUGGCACUAUGGCUAUAGUCCAGAAUCUCAGCACCAAUAGUGUACUCCAUGAGAAUUAAUGGCAUCAGGUCACUGCUUGGUCCAUAGCUAUUGUUAUAAGGAGGCUGUCAUCUUCUGUCUUUAUUUCUGGCUUUUGAAUUUCUGAGGUAUGGGCCUACCCAGCAUUAACAUCAUGCUGAUUUCUCCCAUAAGGUUGUGUGGCAAGUUGUCAGAACUGAGUGAAAUCUCUCUUCAGGAAACAAACUCCUCUGGUUGGCAAUAGUCUUCACUCUUUUCCUUUGCUCAACGUGAGAUUCUUAGGAAAAUCCCUAUUUCUUGGAUUCCAUUGUUUCAGUAGUCUGAGAACCAAAGGUAGGGUUUAUACAGACAGAUAAACAAAGAAGCAAGGUUAUUACUUAGAGCUGAACAAGAAGACAGGUUUAGUUAAUGCCAGAAAGAGGCAUGACUGUAGGGAAGCAAUCUUCAUGCCAUAAAUUUGCAGAGGACUAGGAGAAAGCUAUUGUGGACAUUUUUUUUGCACACAUUGCAUACAUGAACCCCUGAGGAGGAAGGCUUUAUUAUUUUCCUAUGGGUUGGAAGUUUUGAAGUCCUUGUAAUAUCUGUAGCCAUGCCAACAGCACACACCCACUCAGAACUUCAGACAGUCAGAGAUUUCUCACCUUCCUAGAGUACAGUACCAGAACACAUGCUAACAUGGAAGGAGGAAAUCUCCUCGGGUCCCAGUUCCAGAAAAAGAAUGGCAGACAGGCAAAGAAUAUUGAGAGCAGGUGUGUGUGUGUGUGUGUGUGUGUGUGUGUGUGUGUGUGUGUGUGUGUGUCUGUGUCUGUGUCUGUGUCUGUGUCUGUGUCUGUGUGUGUCCAUAUGUAACAAUAACAAUCAAAGGAGAAAAGGCCAUGAUUUCCAAAAGGAUCAAGAAGGGAUUUGAAGGAAGAUAAGGGGGAAAUGAUGUGAUUAUAUCUUAACUAAAUGUAGCAGACAACCCAAAGGUGGGCUGUGAAGGCAGUGUUGACCAUGUGCCCUGCAGUAUACCUUUGUAAAUAGCAUAUGUCUGCCAGUUGUUGUUGUUGUUUUUUUCUAAUUUUUGCACCACCCAUGGUUGCAUUCCUGGUUUGUUAUCUUUCACCACCACAGUCUGCCAUAGGUCUGGAGAAGGAGGCCUGAGGAUGCGAUGACCACAUUGUCAUUUGACAGGUGGUCAGAAUAGCAUCUUUAUGAGCAGCUGGCUUUCCAUGUGUUUCUGUGAGUCUACUCAACAUCAAUGCCUAUUUGUUAAAAAACAAUUGUCAACUAAAAGUACUCAUAUCUAAUAAGUCAGUAAUAAUGUAAUUUAUCUGCUCUCAGUAAAAAGCCAUGCUAGAGAAUAUUAAAGGGUAUGAAAAACAGUACUUUCAGGAGUGUAUAUCUACUACAUAUGUUUUAUAUGUAUGUAUAUAUAUAUAUAUAUAUAUAUGAUGUUUGUUGCACAUGGACGUAAUGUCAGCUACACAUAACUCUAUUUACUUGCCUAUUAAUUAACUUUUUUAAAUCUUUUCACUAAAAUAUUACCCCAGACAAAGUAUCGUGCCAUGGAUUAAGAAUGCAAGAGCAAUUUUGAUUUGGUUUCUCAAAACCUUUCCUGUAAGUUUCUCUUCCAGGAUCUAUGAAUAAAACUUUCCUUUGUCCUAGAAUAAUCUAGUUUCUUACCUAUCUACUUUCUACCAGCUUAGUUAAUUAUUAUUUAAUUAUCUUUUUAUUGGAUAUUUUAUUUAUUUUAAUUAUGUUUAAUAUUAUUUUACAGUCCAGUAAUUAUCCCCCUCUUGGUCUGCCUUCUAACAGUUCCUCAUCCCAUUCUCCCCCGUUCCUAAGAGGAUGUCAACCUUCCCCCCCAUGAUAGGCCUCCAUACUCCCUGGUUUCUGAAGCCUUUCAAGGUUUAGGUGUGUACCCUUUCACUGCAUGUGACAGCAGCUUGUGGACUUUGGAGCCAUCCUGCUGAUAGAUAAUCUUGUAAUUUUCCAAUACUAGCAUUUUUACCUGCUGUUGAGAAGGUGAGGAAGGCAACUGAUAUACAAGUGCAUGGAUUCUCACUUCUGUUUCUAACUGUACCUGUUCAGACUGAAAGCCAUGGUGGUGGCAUCUACAAAGCAUAAUUUCCACAUAGAUGCAUCCUUAGAGGCCUUACUCAGAGCUGUUAAACACUGCUUUUUGAUUGUUGUUUGUGAAAAUUACUUUAUUAUUUGCCCCCUUAAAACUACAAAUGAAAUCUAGGGAGCUAUCUGCUGUCCAAUUUCCAUAGGAAGAAAGAUUAGCUACCACUGUGGUAUGGUAAAGAAUAAAACUCAUGGUAAUAAAAAAAAAUCUUAACUAAAAAAAUAAAAGGAGCAGGAUGAAGAAGAGGAACAAGAGGGAAGAGGAAGAGGAGAAAAAGGAGGAGGAAGAAAGGAGAGGAGGAGGAGGGAUAGGAUAGGGAUGAAAAAGGGAUAGGAAGGGACUUCUGGAAAAGGAAUCCAUUUACUUAGGAAUGAAGGAUACCAGUGAGAAGUGGAACCUCAUAAAUCUAAAAGGCUUCUCAUAGCUAAAGAUACAAUAAAGUGAGGAAAAACCCAAAGAAUGGGAGAGACUCUUUGCCAACUAUUCACCUGAUAGGGGAUUAGUAUCCAGAAUGUACAAUGAACUAAAACAAACAAACAAACCCAAAGUGCCAAAACAAACAAACAAACAAACAAACAAACAAACAUUUCAUUUUAAAAAAUGGGUUAUGGCUCUGUACAGAGAGUUCCAGAAAAAAUGGCUGAGAAAUAGCUCAAGUGUUUAUCACCUUUAGCAAUUAGGGAAAUGAAAAUCGAAAGAACUUUGAGCCAGGCAUGGUGUCAUAUAUCAUAAAUGCUAGCACUCAGGAGGCAGAAGUGGGUGGAUCCCUGAGAACUUGAAUUUAUCCUGGUCUACAUAAUGAGUUCUAGGAUAGCCUGUGUGCCAUAGAGAGACCAUGUUUCAAAACCAAAACAAAGCAACUUGCCCUGAAACAACGUUGAGAUUUCAUCUUACUCAAGUCACACUAGUGAAGAUCUACAAAACAACUGACAACAGAUGCUGGAAAACAUGUGGGAUUCUCGGUGGUGGUGGCACAGACCUUUAAUCCCAACCCUCCAGAGGCAGGUGGAUCUCUGUGAGUUUGAGGUCAGCCUGGUCUACAUAGUGAGCUCCAGGACAGAGAAACCCUGUCUUGAACCCCCGACCCCAAAUCUGGGGAAUACGGGAAAUUUCACUUACCAUUGGUGAGACUGCAAACUGGUGCAGCCACCAUAUGACACAGCUAUUCCACUCCUCAGCAUAUCUGUUAAGGACUCAGCAUCCUACUCCUUAGGUACUUGCCUAGCCUUCUUCAGUUUAUGUGUGUAUGCCUCCAUUUUGCAGGGAACAGGAAGCAUAUUACCUUAGUUUUGUCCCGUUUGUUGUUUGCCAACUUUAGGAUCCUUGGAAGUGACACUGACACUCACCAUUUUGGGAAGCCUGCCUAGUGCCUCCAUACUUCAGAAGAGUCCUUUAUUGUUUGCUCUAGAUGCAUUUAAUCUCUGUAAAAGAGGAGAUGAAUACCAGGAGUCUAAUGUAGUGAAUCAGUGAAAGAGUCAACAAAAGAAAGGAAAAUGAUGUUACAAUCCAUCUUAAACCUAGGAAAUUAAGGCUUAGAAACAUUGUUUGAUUAGAUUCUGUUCUAUACUCAUUCUUUAUUUGAGACAUGCUAACAAUGUUUUCCUUUCUUUCUUUCUUUUUUUUUUUCCGGAGCUGGGGAUCGAACCCAGGGCCUUGCGCUUCCUAGGCAAGGGCUCUACCACUGAGCUAAAUCCCCAACCCCGAGACAUGCUAACAAUGUAAUCCAGUUAGUUCUGGAACUUUCAAUUCUGAAGGAGGCCCAAAUUCUCUCUAAUGUGGGCUCCAUGGGAAUUUUGGGUUGAUUUCCUGACAUGACAGAUUAGAGAAGCCUAAAAUAGACUCAUACAGUAUGUGCUAGUAUGACAGGUAUAUAUUAUAUCUGAGAUUUUUUUUUAAAUGAAGGAAAACAUGAGAUUCAAAUCUGGUCUGAUUUGUAAUCUAGUAUUUGUCUUCUCCUUUAAUUACUGUUUAUGCUUUUAAAAGUGUUGAUCCUGUGUUGUGGAGCUUUUGCCAGGGUGGCAAAUCUCAUGAAUGCUGACAUGACUCCUUGUUCAAAAAGCAAUUUAUUAAACUGAGAAUUUUAUAUAAUUAACAGUAUUAGUUAUUGACAUUUACAUCUUCAAACAUAGGUCAGAGAUCUAUUCAUCUGAGAUCAGGUUGAUUAGCUCUCCUAGGCAUUGAUUCAUUGCUAGAAGUUUAACAUUUAAUAACAAUUAAAUAGAUAUACUUUUUACAAUGAUCUAAAUUCCUAAAUUCAGAUAACCAAAAGUAUCCUCAAUACUGAUUUAAUUUCUAUAAAACUUUAAGAUUAUCAGCCUGAGAAUUAGAGUUAGUUGAGUUUCUUUUCUUUUUUUAUUGGAUAUUUUCUUAUAUUUCAAGUUUCCUCUCUGGAAUCCCCUAUCCCUUCCCCCCUCACCUGGUCUAGAGAAUCAAAUAAACACAUUAAAAAAAUAGGAGACAGAGCUAAAGAAAGAAUUCUCAGCUGAGGAAUAUUGAAUUGCUGAGAAGUAACUACACAGAUGUUCAACAUCCUUAGUCAUUAGGGAAAUGCAAAUCAAAACAACUCUGAGAUUCCACCACAUAUCAGUCAGAAUGGCUAAGAUCAAAAACUCAGGUGACAGCGGAUGCUGGCAAAGAUGUGGAGAAAGAGGAACAUUCCUCCAUUGUUGGUGGGAUUGUAAGCUGGUACAACCACUCUGGAAAUCAGUCUGGCAGUUCCUCAGAAAAUUGGAUAUAGUACUACCUGAGGACCCAGCUAUACCCACUCCUGGGUAUAUCCCCAAAAGAUGCACCAACAUAUAACAAGGACAAAUACUCCACUAUGUUCAUAGCAGCCUUAUUUAUAAUAGCCAGAAGCUGUAAAGAACCCAGAUGUUCAUCAACAGAGAGAUGUGGUUCAUUUCUCCGAUAUUAAAAACAAUGACUUCAUGAAAUUCUUGAAGCUCAGAGUACCCAAGAUACAAUCUACAGACCACAUGAAGCUGGAAGACCACAUGAGGUUGGAAAGCCAAACAGCGGAUGCUUCAGUCCUUCAUAGAAGGUGAAACAAAAUAUUCACAGGAGGAAACACAAAGACAAAAUGUGGAGCAGAGCCUGAGGGAAAGGUCAUCCAGAGACGCUCCACCUGGGAAUUCAUUCAUUCUUUAUACAGUCACCAAACCCAGAAAAUAUUGUGGAUGCCAAGAAGUGCAUGCUGACUGGAGCCUGAUGUAGCUAUCUCCUGAUAGGCUCUGCCAGAGCCUGAGAAAUACAGAGUCAGAUGCUUUAAACCAACCAUUGGACUGAAAAUGGGGUCCCCAGUAGAGGAGUGGCUGGAUAUAAAAUCAGCUCAAACAAAUCAGUAGCCUUCCUCUACUCAAAGGAUAACAGGCUGAGAAGGAAAGGAUACCUUUCACAAUAGUCACAAACAAUAUAGAAUACCUUGGUAUGACUCUAACCAAGCAAGUGAAAGAUUUGUAUGACAAGAACUUCAAGUCUCUGAAGAAAGAAAUUGAAGAAGAUCUCCUAUGCUCACAGAUUGGCAGGAUUAAUAUAGUAAAAAUGGCCAUUUUGCAGAUUGCUAAAAGCAAUCUACAGAUUCAAUGCAAUCCCCACCAAAAUUCCAACUCAAUUCAUUUGGAAUAACAAAAAACUCAGGAAAGCAAAAAACUAUUCUCAACAAUAAAAGAACUUUUGGGGGAAUCACUGUCCCUGACCUCAAGCUGUAUUACAGAGCAAUAGUGAUAAAAACUAUAUAGUAUUGUUACAGAGACAAGCAGGUAGAUCAAUGGAAUAGAAUUGAAGACCCAGAAAUGAACCCACACACCUCUGAUCACUUGGUCUUUGACAAAGGAGCUAAAACCCUUCAGUGGAAAAAAAAGACAGCAUUUUCAACAAAUGGUACUGGUUCAACUGGAGGUCAGCAUGUAGAAUCAAUCCAUUCUUAUCACCUUGUACAAAGCUCAAGUCCAAGUGGAUCAAAAACCUCCACAUAAAACCAGGUGCACUGAAACUGAUAGAAGAGCCUUGAACAAAUAGGCACAGGGAAAAAUUUCUAAACAGAACACCAAUGACUUAUGCUCUAAGAUCAAGAAUCGAUAAUGGUACUUCAUAAAAUUUCAAAGCUUCAGUAAUGAAAAGGACACUGUCAAUAGGACAAAACAGCAACCAAGGGAUUGGGAAAAGAUCUUUACCAAUCCUAUAUCUGAUAGAGGGCUAAUAUCCAAUAUAUACAAAGAACUCUAGAGUUUUAUUUCCUAAGUGGGAGGUUUUUUCUAAGUGAGAGAGGGGUGGUGCCAUGACGAGUCAGAGUCACGUGGUGGUUCAAGCCCUGGAAUCUUUUUUUUUUUUAUCCUGGGGAGAAACCCCAUUUUUUUCCACGUUUCUAAUUUGAGUAAGUUUAAAGCAUACAAGUUAGGGCACUAACAAUAGUACUGCCUAAAAUUCACAGUACAGACUCAUGUUCUGGGCAGAAAACCCACAGUAAUCCUUUUUUUCUUGGUGACAGAUUUAACAUAUAACUUAAUGAACAAAGCUAAAUCAGUAAAGCAUUAGUAUCAUACACAAACUAUGGAACCCCACUAAGACCGUCAGCCAUACACAUCUGUCACAAACAACAUGGCUGUUUCUUUGGCUCCCUGCCCCCCCCCCCCCCACUUCACCUACCCUAGACAGGAUUUUGCUGAGGCCCAGGCAGGUCUCAGAUUCUCAAUUCUCUUGCCUUACCCUCCCAAGUGCUAUAAUCACAGAGCAGGGUACCAUAUCCAGCCAGAUGUUUGUUUCUAAUGAAUUGACCAUUACAUUUUUAAAUUUCUGGAAUGGCCAACAGACCAUAGAAAGACAUUUAUUUAGGGACCUGCUUGAAACCAACAGCUUCAGCAAACUGCUGGCCUUGAUUCAGGGCCAAAAGCCCUGGAAUCUUAAACAAAAGAAACACAGAGGGAAUUUUGAUGGGGAUUGCAUUGAAUCUGUAGAUUACUUUUGGCAAAACCUGAUAAAAACAACAAUGCCAACCAACCAGAGCUCCCAGGGACUAAACCACUGUUGAAAGACUAUUCAUGGACUGACCCAGGGCUCCAACUGCAUAUGUAGCAGAGAAUAGCCUUGUUAGGGCACUAGGGAAGGGGAAGCCCUUGGUCCUGCCAAGGUUGGACCCCCAGUGCAGGGGAAUA